AACUAGUGAGUCCUCUACGUAAAUUCCUAAACGGUGGCGCUUUUGCAGCUCAUGGUUGGACCAGAAACUGCGAUUUUGAAUUGAACUCGUGGUUUUAUCCCCACGCGCCUCCAUCCAUCGCCGUAUUCAUGGCUCAGCUUCUUUGUUCUAACUCAACGAUACCGCCGCGGUUUCCCAGUGCCUCUCGUUUUCAUUCUAAACACCGCCACUUUCACCAUCAGAAUCUCCGAUUCUUCACAAGUAGAGAUGCUUCAAUUUCCUCUUAUGGUAAAAGAAGGGACCACUACUCUCCUGUAAAAGCAUCUUCCAUUAAUGGAUUCUCUGUGGAGAAAAUUUUCGAACGGUAUGAGGAAGAGCAGAGUGAGCGGGAUGUUGAGCUCGGGGAGAGAAUUCGGAAAUGGAUUGAUUUUCUCCGAUCGGUGUUGCCGGGAGGGAGUUGGUGGAGCUUCUCCGAUGAAGUGGAGAUUAAAAUGAUGGCGAAACCCGUGACGUUGUGGCGGGCGCUUGGUCGGAUGUGGGGGCUGGUUUCCAAGGACCGUUGGGUUAUUUUCGCUGCCUUCUCCACUCUGAUUGUGGCUGCUCUUUCAGAAAUAUCGAUACCGCAUUACUUGACAGCUUCAAUCUUCUCAGCACAGAGUAGUGAAAUUGCAGUGUUUCGCCAGAAUGUACGGCUUCUGGUUCUGCUAUGCGUUGUUGCAGGAAUAUGCAGUGGUAUAAGAGGAUGCUGUUUCGGGAUUGCAAAUAUGAUCCUGGUGAAGCGGAUGAGGGAAACACUGUAUUCUGCUCUUCUUCUUCAGGAUAUAUCGUUUUUUGAUGGUGAAACAGUUGGUGAUUUGACCAGUAGGCUCGGUUCAGAUUGUCAACAAGUGUCACGUGUUAUUGGAAAUGAUCUUAAUUUCAUAUUACGCAACCUUCUCCAGGGGACAGGCGCUUUGAUCUACUUGCUAAUUUUGUCAUGGCCACUUGGUUUAUGUACGUUGGCAAUAUGCUCUACUUUAGCUGCAGUUAUGCUGAUCUAUGGCGUGUACCAGAAGAAGGCAGCUAAGUUAAUCCAAGAGUUCACUGCUUCUGCAAAUGAGGUAGCACAAGAAACAUUUUCUUUAAUGAGAACUGUUCGCGUCUAUGGAACAGAGAAACGGGAGUUAAAAAGGUACCAACAUUGGUUGGAAAAGUUGGCUGAUAUAAGCUUGCGACAAAGUGCUGCAUUUGGAUGUUGGAACCUGAGCUUCAACACUCUUUAUCACUCAACUCAGAUUAUUGCUGUGCUGAUCGGAGGGAUGUCCAUUCUGGCUGGUCACAUAACAGCAGAAAAACUUACCAAGUUUAUAUUAUAUAGUGAAUGGUUGAUAUAUUCAACUUGGUGGGUGGGGGAUAAUGUGUCAUCUUUGAUGCAAUCUGUCGGGGCAAGUGAAAAGGUCUUUCAGUUGAUGGAUUUGAUGCCCAGUGAUCAAUUCAAGUCAAAAGGGAAGAAGUUGCAAAGGCUGUCUGGACAUAUAGAGUUUGUAAAUGUUUCUUUUUAUUAUCCCUCAAGAGUAAUGGUACCUGUUCUGCAACAAAUGAACAUUUCAAUCUACCCUAGUGAAGUAAUUGCAGUAGUUGGUCUUAGUGGUAGUGGAAAAAGCACACUGGUAAAUCUAUUGCUCCGUCUUUAUGAGCCAACAAAUGGUCAGAUUUUAGUUGAUGGCUUCCCACUCAGUGAAUUGGACAUCCAGUGGUUGAGGGGGAAAAUAGGUUAUGUGGGACAGGAACCAAAACUUUUCCGCAUGGAUAUUAGUUCAAACAUUAAAUAUGGAUGUACCAGAGAUAUAAAGCAAGAGGAUGUUGAAUGGGCUGCCAAGCAGGCAUUUGCUCAUGACUUCAUCACAGCCCUGCCCCAUGGUUAUAACACAAUUGUUGAUGAUGAUUUGCUCAGUGGGGGACAGAAGCAGAGAAUUGCCAUUGCUCGAGCCAUUCUUAGGGACCCUACCAUUCUGAUCCUUGAUGAAGCUACCAGUGCCCUCGAUGCAGAGAGUGAACACAAUGUGAAGGGUGUUCUUCGUGCUCUCAAAAAUGACUCAACUACAAAAAGAACUGUCAUAGUAAUUGCACACAGGCUUUCUACAAUUCAAGCUGCCGACAGGAUAGUGGUGAUGGAUGGAGGUCAAAUUGUUGAGAUGGGCAGCCACAGGGAGCUUCUUCGGAAGGAUGGCUUAUAUGCGCAAUUGACAAGAAGACAGAUUGACGCCGUAAUAUGAUACUGCUAAUCACACAUUAGAAGUGCUGUUGUAGCUUAAUAUUCUUUCAACUUAGUUAUCACAUAUACAACAUAGAAGUCGAAGCAAUUUUUUCCGGACAUGGGGGAGGAUCAACGAUGCUACCUCAAGGACUCUGCGCAAAAGCAGCAACAAAACUCUCCUACUUCAAUUUAGGCAUGAGAUACACAUGGAAUUUGUGUAGUCAACAAUGAAAAUACAACCACAACUGUUGUUAAUUGUAUUGAUUAUUAACGUAUUAUUACAAAUAGGGGUUUUUUUAAUAUCUUGAAAGUAUAAAAAUUGAUAUUUAAU